GGUGCUACCCCUCCGGAGGUCAUCGGCCGGCAACGGGAAACGCGCCACAAGAGAGAAGGUGAUCUACCCGCGGCGGCUGACGACUCUGAGUGGCUCUCCUCCGUUCACCGGCGGGACACAGCUCAGCAAACAAACGGCAAUGCGGCUGCGGCAGCUGGUGUUCGGAGCGUCACUAGCGCCACCACGGCAGGAGUGGCUGAAGGGCGGCUUCACGUUUCAGCCGCCAGAGGGCAGGGUGGGCUUCGGUCUCCAGACUCCUCAGUCGCUCACUCAGCCUCUGGUGAUGGCUGUCCAAACACGGGUCAUCAAACAUCUGCUGUUCCAGAGGUUUCCCAGCGCUACGGACAUCGACAGUCUGUUCCGUCUGCGCCGCUGUGACCAGCUACAGGGGCUGGCCAGUGCCCUCAGUGACGUCAUUUGGGGUGCCAGGGCCGGCGGCCCGGCUCACGUCUGCCUCUGUUCGGAGGCUCAGCAGGUCUGGGGUGACACCGACUACCUCUCCGAUGGAGUGACUGAGAGGGUGAGAAUAGAUUAG